AUGAGUCGCAGAAGUCGUGGAAGCAAGAUUGGCGUUAACACGGCAAGCGGCCGACCGUCAAGCGCGUCGGGAGCUGCUCGCGGCAGCCACCGUGAGGAGUUGACAGUGUUUCCGGAGAUGCCGUCGUUCUUUCCCGAUCCCAUCGCUCUCGACGCGGAGGAUUGCCACCUGAAGCAGUUCCGUGAUGAAAUUUUUCAACGGGAGUAUGCUACGAGUAUGAGAGUCACGCUUCAGGGGCUUCAGGCGCAACUGCAGCAGCGUGAGGAGAAACAAAAACAACUAAGCUGCGAAAGUAACGAGCGGAGUCCCACUUCCUUGCAGCACCGUGGCGGUAAUUGGAAGCCUCACGGUGACGAUGAGGGGGUGCAUUGGAGGCCGGCCAUCGGUGAGACGCAGGUGUCGUUGUCACACACGCUGGAGAAGCUCAUCUCCGAAGUCCACUUGACGCCGUUAUCAAAUGAAGCAAAGAGCAGAAUAAUAAAUAUGAAGGAGGACAGGAGCCCUAAAAAACUCACUGAAAUACCCGCGGAAGAGUCUGAGGGGGCUUCAUUCAUGCUUUCUAUUUUGACAGCACCGGGUCCAGAGGAAAAAGAGAGGCAUAAACAACAGGAUCCUUCACCUAACUUGCCUGUGUAUCUGACAGAGCCGUUUCCAGUCGCGCUAUUUGGGCUAGCGGAAGAGGUAGGAAUGCGAAAUAUGACAGCUGAAACGCGUGAGGUUGUGGAGUCUAUUGCUGAAGCGAGAAAGCAACUUGGCCUUAAUGUUGGAUUCUCAAUGGAACUACCAGCACGUGAGGAAGGUUUUAAGCAGCAGGCGUCAACUCCUGGAAAUGAACCCACGACCUCUGUUUCUCCAUUUUCUCGUAUCAUAUCCACUGCAACGAUACCGUCUCCGCGUUGCGCCUUUACGUUCCCAUUGGCGGAUGCAUUUGUUCUGGAAGCGGAGCAGCGCCUUGCAGCUGAAAUGUUUUGCGAAUCUAUUUGCGAAGAUAUUGUGGAGAUCGCGGCAGAGAUGUACUUGACACGCACCUUUGAUGCUAUGGCGGCCGCCUACACAGCAUGUUCCAUCUGGGAUGAAGUGCAUGACUCGGUUGUCCGCUCGUUUAUUCCACAUAAUCCACUGGAGCUUCCUUUGCAUGAAGCGGGACUUGUCACGGCUCCGGCCAUCAUGCCGAAAAAACCAAAAAGACUAAUUAAAGGUGAUCCAGCGGGUGCUCUGCCAGUGGAUGACAAAGACAAUAAAGACAAGGCGGAGGUAACUAGUUUAGCAGGCUACAGCCUACCCUAUUGUGGUAUGCUUCCGGAAUGGGCCUCGUCUCCGUCGCUUCUGGAUGCGGACGCUAUUCUUUUCUUUCACUGCCGUGGGACGGCAGCUCCAUCGCCCUUUUCUGGCGAUGAACUCACAAAAACAAAUGCGCUGAUGGGGCAGGAGCAGGGUUUGGCCUUUUCACGACUUCUCAAUGCAUCGUUGAAAAGAACUGAGAAACGACCCGGGAAGGCUGGAGUUGUGACAUCGCGUUUUCCGACAGGUAAAACAUUUGCAGUGGCUGAAAGAGUACGUGGAGUCACUGAGGAAGAUGGUGACAGUCCUGGUCUGCCGCCCACGCCUAUUGCUUUGGAUGACUAUGCUCGGUACGUUCUUCCAAAGGUCGCGGAGCUGAGGCAGCAACAGAGCGCCGAGGACAAGGAAAGGGGAGAGGAGCAAGAAGCAACGAAAUGGACGGGGUCGCAAAGAAGAUCAAGUCAGUAUAGGUCCAAUACCAGGAGCAAGGAAUCUGUAAUCGCAAUAAGUGUUACACCUCGCAAGGAAGAGGGUGAGGGCGAACUACAGGUUGCAACGCGGGGCAUCAAGCCCUUUGCAGACGGUCUCAGUAAAGUAAGGCGUAUUCAAAAUACAUUCAAAAGGGGUCGAAGACCCCGUCCGCAAGAUGUAUCUCCAAGGGAAUUCUCAGCUCGUGCUAAGACCAAUUCUUCCAUGGGAGCAGUGACAGUGGGACAGGUGGUGGAGGAUGAUUUGACAAAGGCACUGCAGCAGCUACCACACGGUUAUUUUGUUGCUUCUACGAUGGGGAGCUACGGUGCGUCAAGUGUGCGAGUCCCCGUACCAGAUUCUCUUGUGUUUAUAGAAGGUGAUCGUGCGACAACUUUCUCUACAGCUGUGAAGAAGAAACAACAGGAAACUGGCAUUAGCGAUAAGAAUACCUCAAUGACGAAGGCGUCGAUGCACGUUUGCAGAGGCAGUGAAGUUACCUUAAAUGGGAAUCUAUGGGAUGAUGAUACCACGGCGAAGUUGUCUGUAAAUAUUAUGAAAGGUGGUCGUACAACGUUGGGUUUUCAUGCGAAGGCAUUCACAGCAGCAGCAACAGAGGCCAACACGAAUGCGGAAUUGCCGCAAGAAUCACAAAUAGCGGAUCAUCAAACUUCAAGAGCUCGCGGCCGGUAUGCGAUUGUUACACGUAAGCAACAAAAAAAAUUGGAGGACAGGCGGCGGCGUCAAAAGGAGGCAGCCGAACAAGCUGCAUACGAAAACUUGUUUGUGAGACCACCUCCGCCCUCUCCUAAUACGAAUAGAGACGGCACGGUGAACAAAGACUCGGAUGCUAGGAAAGGUCAUAGCCCUGAGUCGAAGCACUCGGUCAGGAUUGUCGCUGAGCCUGGCGUUGUCGUGGAGCGGUUGCCGAGACCAGAGGAGAAGGACGCGAAGGCGAAGGCGGCAAAAAGAGGCAAGUCACGUGGACGACAAAACAAGCUACCACCGAGUAGUAAUUCAGCGGCAGACGCAGAAAUUGUGUUGUCUGAUGGAGGUGAGUGGAUUCCACCGGAAGGGAAGUACCGCUGGUCCGGGUUUGACAAGCUGGCUGAGGAAAGCAAUGCGGCGGCAGGAGCGGCACCGGCGCCGUCGGAAACGGGAGUUGCUCCCAAGCCUGCGUCUUUUCAAACUGCAAGUACACGGCAGCGUCAAGACGAGGAAAAAGGACAUAGCCAAGGAGAAAAGGAGGGGAGGCAGGAGGCAAAAAAUAAAGUAUCCAUCAUUGCAGCAAAACCACCUGCACAAACGGCAGUGAAGUUAAUGACGCGUCCUGUUCAACGAAUGCCAGCGCUCAUUUCCUCCUCGCAGAGGGGCAAACAAGCGGGGCAAAAGAAAACAGAGACGGAAACGGUGGAAACGGGGGUGGAAAAAGCCUCAAAUGUGAAGUAUGCGGCACCUGUGGAACCGCGUGGAGCACAAAAUAUGCUGCGCCGCCACAACCUGCCGCGGCUUCCACAGCAGCCACUGAGGAGUGACAUGAUGACGCAUGAUACCGUUAGUUGCUUGAAAACACCGUUAGCGUCAGAGAUGAACAACAUACGCCGUCUGGCCUCUAUCCUCAAGAAUGACUCAGUCAACGCAGAAGCGUAG